UUAGAUGGAGGCCAAUCCAUCUAAUGUGGAACCUUCAGGGGCUAUCUGGCUCCUGAAGGUUGAGGACACGCCCUCAAGUUUGGAAACGGUGCAGUGGAUUCGUGUGUUUCUUUCCCCUCAGCUGCACAUUUCACCGGGAAGAGAACACAGAAGCUGAGAGUCCUGAAGCCUUUUUCUUCCUUCCCUUGUUCUUUUCCUCUGUUGUGAGGUUGGCCGUCGAGUGGAGCGCAGCCUGCCGCGUUUAGCUCCCUGUGGUGCGGAGACAGAGGGAAAUCCACCUGCCGGAGAGCGGACACACCUCGGGAUGGAUGCACUGAAAUCUGCCGGCAGAGCGAUCAUUAAAAGCCCCGGCGUCCCGCGACACACCUGGGGAGCUUCAAAGCAUGAAAAGUUGCCAGAAAACUGGACGGACACAAAGGAGACCCUGCUGGAAGGGAUGGUGUUCAAUGUGAAAUACCUUGGUAUGACUCUGGUGGGACAACCUAAAGGAGAGGAAAUGGCUUCAGCUGCUAUUCGAAGAAUUGUUGCAACGGCCAGAGCCAGUGCCAAGAAGUUUCGGAAAGUAACCCUAACAGUGUCUCCAAAGGGCAUUAUCAUCACAGACACAGAGACUGCAGAUCUAAUAGAGAAUGUCUCUAUAUACAGAAUCUCAUACUGCACCGCAGAUAAAACUCAGGACAAGGUCUUCGCUUACGUUUCCCAAAGCCAAUUCAACGAGACUCUUGAGUGUCAUGCAUUUCUCUGCCAAAAAAGAAAAAUUGCUCAGGCUGUGACCUUAACAGUAGCUCAGGCUUUUAAAGUAGCAUUAGAUCUUUGGGAAAUUGCUCAGGAAGACAAAAACAAGAAGGCAAGGAGCUGCUGCUCCUGUGCAGCCAAUGACGGAAAGACGGUAACGACAGAGAUGCAGUGUGUUCCGGCGGCCUCCCAUUCACACCUGCAGUCCCCAUCACAUUCGUCAGUGCAUAAGCCCACCAUGAUGGAGGAAAAGCCCCGGAGGCCCUUCUUCUCCGCUUCUCUUAGCUCGCCAUCACCUCGCAGUAACCCCACCCGGAGACGUCCGAUUAAACACGACUCAUGGGAUGUGGAGGAUGGAUUCGAUGAUGUUUUCUCAAGCAAUAUGGAGGUAGAAGAAGCAGACACUGACUGGCCGAGCCCCACUCCGAACCCGUCUCUGACAAUGCAGCUCUGAGUCCCUGGGAGGUCUCCGCAGAGAGUCUGUUGCCGUUCGGCAACAAUUAUUUUCAAUAGCACCAGCUGGCAAUAACUGCCUGUCAUAGAAACUUAACAGAAAGCACACACUGGUGCCCAAGACAGAAAGAAAACAACAUAUUCUACAUAGUCCCAGUCAGGGACGCAGUGAUAUUUUUGUGCAGAGAAGCCAAAAUAAGCUGACAUUAUAAAGGAUCUCCUUCUUGUAGUCUGCUUGCUAUAAGCAGUACACCAUUACUUACAUUGAGAUUCUUACAAACUACCUAGUGAAAUAUGACUCACUCAGUUAACAGUACAGAGAUGUAAGUCAAGAAAGAACAAAAUAUCUAAUUCUUAUCACAGUAAAAGCUGCCUAAAAAGUCUAUUUAUCACAGUCCAGAAAUGUGUUUAACUGACUUGCUUGUGGAAAUGGGAAAGCCCUUUAAUCCUUUUUUGGCUGCCAACUUCUCUGAAAGGAAUCCAAUGUUUGAAUCAUUAGAUGCUGGCCUGAUACUGAAUAUAUUACACUGUACAAGUGCCACCUAGAUCAUGUUUGUUUCUCACCAUGCCAGAUUCAAACCAUCCAUUGUUACUGUUCUGACUAUAUCAGCAAAUUGCAUCAAGUCUUGAAUGGAAGUUUAAGUAAAUGGAAAAUCAACCAGGAAGCUGGGAGCAAGUCAAACAUUUAGGCAACUAUGUCUUGAAGACAACUUGGGACUUUCUUGCAGAGCCAACAACAGUCCAGAAAGAGAAAAUAUUUGGUUGAAUGGACAAAAAAAGGUAUUGUUGAUGUCUGAGGUCAGAGGAGAAUUGGCAGACUGAUUUGAGGUAAUACAAAGGGAAAUAGUAGCUCAAUUGUUAUAACCAAAGUGUGUGGAAUACAAUCUCUGAAUCCACAACAUGGAUUCAGAUGUGUCCCAUUAGAGCAGGAGGGACUUAAGAUGGAAAACCAGGAGUCUACUCCUGCUGUGAGUUGUAGCUUUAGUAAAGGCUCAACGAAACGAGAUGGCAGUCUUGAUUUGAGAUGGGAUGUUCAGAUGGUAAGGUUAGAAUUUGGUGUGACAUUCUGAAGCAUGGUUCCAUCUUGCCUUGAUAGCAUUUGAGCAAAACCACAAAGGCAUUGAAUAAUAAUAAAAAAAACCAAAAAAACAUACAAAUAUAAUUUACCAAAAUUGGUGUGUGAAAUUGUGUCUUAAAAGUAAUCAAAAAUCAGGCUUAUUAAAACAUUAAAGCAAACUACUGACAUUUAUUGAUUUAUCUUUUACUUUUUAGGAUGUCUUAUGGUGUCCAACUUCUUUUUUUAUAUAUUAAGAGAGACCUUAAUAUAUUAUAUUAAGAGAGACUGACUGCUGGAUUCAUUAUUAAAUCCAGCAGUAGCUCCUCACUGGCAGGAACAGGUUGACAUUACAGCAACAUUACUUUCAUCUGUUUCACUGAUGUGUUUUUAAUCCCCCACAUUUAUUAUAAUCUCAUUUAUUCAGCCAUUAUUGUACAUAAAGAUGGUGUCAGUGUUAAAGAAAAGUGAUCAUGCUGGAGGAUGAUAAUUGUAAUUCCACCUCCUAUAAAGGUACCUAUUUCCUAAUGUUGUAUUUUUCAUUGUGGUGAGCAUAUUGUAUUACUGUAAAUGAGGUAGAAUCAGGCCUUUAUGCAACUCUUUUUUUAAAGCUAUUUAUCAUUUCUGAGAUGUAAAUGUGUGGUUUGUACAGAUUUUAAUGUGUGAUACUUUUACAGCUGCAGGAAACGGCUUUUACUCAGUCACAUGCACGUCAGUAGUCACAGAUUAAACUGAUGUAUGCCUUUCAAACUCUAGAAAAUACGGGUUAGCCCAAGGAUCUGUCCUCAUGAGUAGAAAUGAUUUGCCCGAAAUCUCAUUACAGAUUUAGACUGAGCACUUUACUUUUAUUCAUUUCUUAGAUGACGCUCAUUGUAAGAAGGGCAUUAUUUUGUCCCUGAGUGGGACUGAAGAGGGCUUUUCUCUCUGUAUUCAUGGCACCCUGACUGAGAAUAAUUGUGACGCAGGGGGGGUUUUCUUGUGUUGUUGUCAUGACACCCGCUGCAGAAUAAUUUGGAUGGGUUAUCAGGUUACGCCAUGGAGCUUAAUUGCAUUGUUAUAUUCCUGACUGACAAAAAUACAAGCUUGAAUGCCUCUCGAAAGAAAACUGUGUAUUUCAGAUACUGAGGAUGGCAUCCUGAGGGUCGGUAGAUGAUUUUUCAACUGUGAAGUUCAAGGACACGCAAUGUCAAAAUGUACAAUUUUAUGUAUUUAUUUCUUGCUCAGACACCUGCCAGUGUUUACUGCAUUUGGUCACUAUUUGGUUUCUAUAAGUGACAAUGGUCAGCUGUAAUUGUUGCAUGUAUGGAUUAAGAAGAUAAAGGAAGCUUCUUCUUCAUGGAACGUCCAUUGAGAGGUAAACAUUUCUUAAAUACGUUUGGUGCCUGAUAAAAUUAAAUCUGGUUUAAUUUCUGAGCCACAAUUCCAAAAUCUUUCAAAUAAACGCACCACAAAUAAACAAAACAUACUUCGGUGAAACAUGGUGGUAGCAGCAUCAUCCUAUGGGAUCCUUUGGUAUAUUAUGGUAGGCAAAAUUUAGGGUUAGUUUCACUUUUAACGGUAUGUGAACGUAUGCACGUUAUUUAUGUAUUUCCACCUUGAAUUUGGAUGUUUUGGAGCCAAAUUGCACAGGAUGUAUGUCACAAUAAAGUAAAACAUUUAAUGGGCACAUUUCUUUAUACAAUACAAAACUCUGGUAUUUUAACAGUGUUGUGAUAACUUUUGAGAGCAAAAUAUGGCAAGAUUUUAUCAAUGAGUCAGAACUAAGAUCCAGCAAAGUAACGCAACACAUUCGGUGUUCUUAUUCUGUGCUGAAAUUGAGUGGUUGAAAAUGAGUCCAUAAUUUCAGUCAGUCCCUUUUUAAUUGGGUUUGAGAAGAAAAUAACAUUUUGAUAUAACCAAAAUAUUAGAUAAUUUUGCAGGAAUAUCUAGAAACAAAGAAGCUAUUGAAUGGAUUAUGGGUCUAUACUAAUCUAAUAAAAUGAAUUUCACAUUGCCAGUGAAGUUCAUACAGCACAUCAAUAUAGGCAGACUUGCAGCAUAGCGUGAAUGCAACCGGUCCUUUGGCAUGACUCUGUUUCAUGUGUAGGAGGAGGUGGGGAGUCUGGGGGACUUUGAGGUAUAUAACACUCCAAACUGAAUCAGGAGUGCCCUGAAUACAAAUCAGCCCAUGAGGAUUUGAGUCCAGGAGACAUUUGAAGGUUGUAAUAAUGAAACCUGUUUUCUUUCGUUUGAGGUAAGAUUUUAUUUCCCCGAAUAGGUUUACAGGAUUGCUUUAUUUAAAAUAAAAAAAUAAAUAAAUGAUAAUUAAAAAAAAGGUGCUUACCCAUUUUCAAUCUAUGCAACUAGAGUUGUUUUAAAUGUUGUGAUGUUACAAUAAAAGCAGUUUAUGUAUAGACUGCAAAAAUAUUGUGUAUCUGUGUAAAACGUGUACAGAAUUUGGAAACCUAUGCUUUGCUACAUAUUUAUUCACAGUAAAAAACUUUGUACAAA